AUGGCUUCAUACAAGUCCUUCUUCAUGCUACUCUCUGCCGUCACAUCCGCGAGCGCACAGCAGUACAAGCUUGUGAAGAGCUACAAUAGGUCAACCAACUUUUUCGACUUUUUCAACGUUCGGGAUCGCGCGUUCUUCAACAACCUGGGAUAUGCCACGGGCGACCCGACGAGCGGCUUUGUUGAUUAUGCCACCAGGCAGGAGGCGCUCAGCAGCGGCCUGAUGGCGUACCGCGGCAACCAGAUGUACAUUGGCGUGGACUCCACCAACACUGUCCCGGUGAAUGGCAGGGGCCGUAAGAGCGUCCGGCUGGAAUCGCGCGAGACGUUCAACGGAGGGCUGCUGCUUGCCGACAUUGCACACAUGCCUGGAAAUGCUUGUGGUGUUUGGCCUGCGCUCUGGGCAUACAACAUGAAUGAGAACCCAAUCAGCGAAAUCGACUUUCUCGAAGGCAACGGUUGGACGGGGCAGGCUGAGAACACCGUCUCGCUGCACACAUGUGGCAGGUGUGCUUUCCCCAACCUCAAGGGCCCAGAGCUGAGGAGGGAUUGUGAUCUCAAGGGAUGCGAAGGGACGCCGAGCAAUCCAGCCGGGUGCGGAGUCAAUGGUGGAAAGGGUUCCUUUGGCACCGGGUUCAACAACGGCGGUGGUGGCAUAUAUGCCCUGCUCCUCGACACCACGGGGAUCCGAGUCUGGUUCCUGCCGCGGAAUAAGAUCACGUCCGACAUCACAUCCGGAAAGCCCAACCCGUCGCUGUGGGGGACGCCACAGGCCGACUUUCGGUCCAGCUCGUCUUGUAACGUGGGCAAGACUUUUAAGGACUUGACUAUUAUCGUCAAUACAAGCUUCUGUGGUGCCAUCAUGUACGACUACAAAGCGCAGAUGGAGGGUUAUCCACAGUGCGGCUCGGCGCCGGGCGGUUCGUGCAACGCGUACGUGGGUGCCAACCCGCAGGCUUACAAGGAGUCGUACUGGCUGUUCAACUCUAUCAAGAUUUACAAAUAG